AAAAAAACUCGCCUCUGCGUCGCCUCGCCUCGCCCGUUAUAACUCCUCCUCACCAACGCCCCAGCUCACUCACUCCACUUCAAGCUGAUACAGCCAAGGAAGGAAGAGAAAGAGAGAGUGCGAGAGGCAAGAAGAAGGCAAGGCAGCAGCACGAUGGCGGCAGCGCGGCGGACGGUGGUGCUGGUGCUCGCGGUGGCGACGGCAAUGGCGACCGUGGCGGGGGGUGACAUGAGCGCGGACAAGAGCGAGUGCGCGGACCAGCUGGUGGGGCUGGCGCCGUGCCUGCAGUACGUGCAGGGGCAGGCCCGCGCGCCGGCGCCCGACUGCUGCGGCGGCCUGCGCCAGGUGCUCGGGAAGAGCCCCAAGUGCCUGUGCGUGCUGGUCAAGGACAAGGACGACCCCAACCUCGGCAUCAAGAUCAACGCCACCCUCGCGCUCGCGCUCCCCUCCGCCUGCGGCGCCACCCGCGCCAACGUCUCCCACUGCGCCCAGCUCCUGCAUAUUCCUCCGGGCUCCAAAGACGCCGCGAUCUUCAGCUCCGGUGGCGGCAAGGGCUCCGUCACAGCUCCAGCGAAGGAUAACUCGACGGCGACGACCGACUCUCGCGCGCAACAGGUGACCAACGGGGGCGGCGUCUCCUCGGCGGCGACCGCCGGUGUUGCACUGACGGCGUUGCUCGCCGGCUACUUUCUCCUGCUCCUACCAGAGCUCUCGGUUGGCUCCUCCUAGGUCUCUGCAGUCUACGCCCAAAAAGUGCCAGGAUGUGUUAUGUUGUCGUACGUCACAGAUAAUUUGUUAGUGGUGUUGUACUGUUUUACUAUUAUGCUUCGAGUAUUGACUGUUGAAUGGCAUGUGUAAGUCAGGGCUUAUAAAAUUGUCGCUCGGUUAUCGUGGUUACUGGUCGAUUUGGUCCUCACUAUAUUCAUAAAUCGAUCGGUUUUUGAUUAAGUUCAAAUUCCAAAAAAUGACGAAAUUUGAGUGGUUU